UCACGUGACUCCCUUCUAAAGGAUGAUUCUCAGCGCUGUCACGCCCCCACAUUUGAUUUCCCUGUUGUGUGCAGGAAUCUUAAAAGCGGAGAGGGAAAGAGUCAAGGAGGCGGAAAAUGCGGGGAUUUAUUAUGCGGUCUACACGAGGGAUGUUGUCUCUUUGGAAACGACACACAUCAGUAUAUUCGCUGCUGCAAGCUUCCCAUUCACUCUUUUCUUGAUAGCAUAAGCUGGAUCUUAAGAAAACUUUCGGGGAUUUUUAUAUUGUGCGUACUGUUUGUCAUCGGAUAUUUCCUACAACGCAUCAUCUGUCCGCAACCUCGGCGCUACCGAACAGACACAUCAUCUUCUUUGUUCAGCGAGAACCUGAAUUACGCCUCAGACAACUCUUUGCUGGACCGACUUACUGAUCAGGAAUUACAUGUGAUUUCUCCACAUGCCUGCACUACGCCUCGAUCACCACCAUCAUACGAAGAAGUAAAAGAUUUGCCAAGCUAUGAAGAAUUCAUGCACAGCAGGGACAGUAUAGAAAGCACAGGCACUCCAGUUUCAGCUGAUCGCAGGUCAUCGCUCUCGGAAACGGACGCAAGGUCAAAUUGUGAAAUUCACACGCAGUCUCAACCCCAACAAUGAUACGUGUUUCUUCCAGAUUCAGAGGCUUAUGAAAGUAUAUCAUUGGAGUCUGUUGAAACCUGCAGAAUAUUAUCCCUGACCGUUUGGGGGACUUAUCCGUUUUAAAACCGAUAUAUUAUAUGUUUGUUUUUCCUGCUUACUGAUGAUCAGGGAAGUCUGAGAUGGAUCAAAGUUUUAACAACAAAAAUUGUUUUUGAGGUGGCGCUGAGACUAUCGUGUAAACUGUUGGGAGCGUUUAUCAUUUUACAUCUGCUCUACUUUUAAAAAUAGUCUGGGCAAAUUGUAUCAAAAUAUACUAUUAAACACUAUUACAGUGUCUUUUUGUCAGCUAAAUGUUCAUAUCACCAAUGGAGGAAGACUAAUAACGUUCACAUGUCUAGGGUGAAUCAGGGCUAUAAAGUGACUAUCAAUUAGCGUUAUGCAAGGAGGUCAACUGCCAAAAGAUAUCUUGUAAUGUAAAAAUAUUUACCACAUUUGGCUUUAUUGGUGCAAAUUAAGAUUUGGAAGGUUCGGGUGAGAGAAUUUACAGUGCUCACGAACAUUUUGCAAGAAAAAAGCAUUGUUGGAUUACCCCAAAACAACGCAAUUAUUAUUGUAUUAAAUGACUGUUGGAUUAGUAGAAAGCAAGCUAGGCGGACUAUGGUCUUUUCUGAUCUCGCGAUUUCUUUGCGUUUUGAUCAUUGAAAAUUCCCCAACUAUAUCGCAUCUGAUUCUUGGGAAAUGGUUGCUCGUGAACUGGUAGAUAUAUUUCUCAAGAAGCUUCGACCUGAUUAACACGGAACAAU